AUGGAGGAAGAGGAUGGCUGUGACCACCUCUACAAGGUCGUCCUUGUGGGAGAUGCCACUGUGGGAAAGACUCAUUUGCUUUCACGGUACGUGAAAGGUACGCUGCCGAAGGCUCCGACGGCCACGAUUGGUGUCGAGUUUGCCACACGCACCAUUCCACUGGCCGUGGGUGGAACCGUGAAGGCGCAGAUUUGGGACACCGCAGGGCAAGAGAGAUACCGAGCCAUCACCAGCUCACACUACCGUCGUGCUGUGGGAGCACUCUUGGUCUAUGAUGUGACCAGGAAUGCGACCUUCCAGAACUGCCUUAAAUGGCUGGAAGAGCUGCGGCAAAAUGCAGAGGACAAUAUCAUCAUCAUGUUAGUUGGGAACAAGCUCGACUUGGUUGAGAAGGAUCCCACUGCGCGACAGGUGCACUAUGAUGCUGCGCUGGAGUUCGCUCGGGCGCACAAGCUCCUCUUCAAAGAGGCAAGUGCUGUCACGACUUAUAACGUGAAACAUGUUUUCGAGCAGCUCCUUCAAGAGGUGUACAACCAGGCGUCAAAGAACGCCAAAGAAAGACGCCGGGAGCCAGGCGGCAUCCAGAUCCAGCCGGGCGGCACAAUCCCGGUUCAGGAGGAGAACCCCUGUGGAAAUCAGGCCUUUCUUUGGGACCUCCGCUCAAGAAGAGUCUUCGACACUCUUCGCUGCAACGCUGUUGGAAGGCUUGCUGAAGCGAGUGAAGCCCGUCGCAAGCCGAUCCUUGACGCUUUCCGAGAUCCGAGACAGGAUACCCGUGUGACCCGAAAGCUGUCGAGGGUCGGCAGCUACAGUAGGAGUGUCGACGCACCGACUCUGUUAUAG